AACCAGUUAAAAUGCGUGAUGGGAUGUGCCCCAAGUUAUCCUAUCGCAAGGGUUCCAGUGUUAUACGAGCUGCCAUAUCUCUACGAUACAUCAGGAAAGCGUAGAGAAAACAUUGGAAAAUUAGACGAUACGGAAUUCAAAAAGAUACAAGCGCAGUACUGGAGCAAACUUAUCGAGGAAAGGAAAAAAAUAGCUUUAAAYAAAAGGAAGUUUCAAGAAAUGGGCGAAAAAGACUUCCARACUCUUACCAACGAAUUUCCCAGAUUCGACAUGUCAGAUAUUCUAGAUUUACGAUUGCAAUUUCAAAGUUUUGAUGUGAAUCAGGAUGGCAUUAUCGACUUUAAUGAGCUUAUGCAAGUCCUUGAUGAUCUGGGCGAUCACUCUGACGCGGAGACCAGACAAGAAUAUUUCCAACAAAUUGAUGUCGAUGGAUCUGGUGCUAUUGAUUUUGAAGAAUUCUUAGGUUUAAUCCACAAACUAMGAAGCGAAGCAGAAGACGAAUUAGGUCAGUUGGGAAAUCUUUGCAAAAGAGGAACAGACAACAUUCAACGCGUAAGAAAAUUAAGCGUGGCGCAACAGAUGCAAACAGGACUCUUUUGACCCAAAAGUUUCGUUACAAAUG